UAAGUCCAGUAAGUGGUAAAAACCAAAAAGCCCAAUUUAAAAAGUAUCUAGAACGAAUUGAAGAUCCUAAUUAUCAAGGAGAAGAAAAUCAAGAUUUGCCAGAGAAUGCUACUCCACUUGAAAAAGCUAAAUUUGAUAUUUGCCAAAGAAUUCUCGCUUACAAAAGAAAAAAUAACCUUACUCGUGAACAAGUAGCUCAAACCAUCCAAUUAAGUAAAGCUGAAACGGAAGAAAUAUUGUUUUGCCACAUCGAAAAGUUUACUUUAGACCGACUAGUUGCUUAUGCUAGUAACUUAUUUAAUCCCUUGGAGGUUAAAGUGGUAAAAGCUAGAAAAUAUGAUUGUCAACUAACUUUUUAUGGUUAUCAAAUAACUAAAUUAACUAUUACUGACCAUUUUCAAAUCAACCAUCCUGAAAUGAGUUUGAGUUUGAUUGUAAAACUAGUAAAGAAGUUAGAUAACAAAGAAGUUGAACUAACCGAUUAUAUUGGUUCUCGCAAAGUAUUCCGUUGA